AUGAACACACGCCAGGUGUAUUUUCAAAGAGAGGUGCACCUUUGUUUUGUUUCAAAGAAUGUCGGAGUCAAUUAAAUAUUCCUUUUUUGUACAGGUACUUUAAGUAUCAGACAAAAGUUAAGUUUAAAACCACGGUGUAUAGUGUAUAGAAGUUUAGUGGUAAAUGAUAUAAAUUGCACUCAUCCUGGAUUACAAAUCUGUUGCCGAUACCGUUUACGGAAACGGGCAUGCACUACCCACAUCGCACAUUCAAUCUAAUGCACUGGCCCAAACACCACCAACUUAUCGAAUGCCACCAACCCCACCAUUUGUUGAAGCAGACAUUCCAGGAUCUACAGUAGCAUUCUCUCAAGCUUCUCAACUAUAUACACAUUCCGGUAAAUUCCCGAUUGAAAGGCAGAUCACUCUUACAAGCACUGAGAAAAACUUUAAGAUACCAAUACUAACAGAUUUAAAAAAGCGGUCAAAAGGUUCUGUAAUAGCACCAGACUUACCACCUAAACGUUUAACGGCCUGGACAAAUCAAGAACCAAUGCAACCUAACCAAAUUUACUCAGACCAGAGUCACCCCGGUUUUUCUCAACAAAUCCCACAAGGAUCCCACCCUAUCCAGGCUCAAUAUAGAACUGCCUACUAUCCGGAUGCUAAUGGCCUUAGAACUCCCGAAAUGCAAAGAAGCGAUACUAAAGUAUUGGUUCAUAGUGGAGAACCACUAGCUGCCACUGCCUCUUCACAACCGGUAUACCAGUCCUCUGAAAAGCACGAAGUGCCUAAUCCUGAGGAACAAACUUUAAGUCCAAAGAAUACCCGCAAAGUCAGCCAAACAUAUCACGCACUUAAGGAUAUUAUAUCAGGAAAAUUUCGUGGGAAAGAUAAUGAGAAAAAUGAUAAUACUGAUUUAAAUAAUGCCUCAAUAAAACCAAAGAAUGUACCAAUCGAUGCAGAUCCUACGAAAAUAAAUUCGGCACAAGUUUAUCCACCGUAUAAUCCAGAAGCACAUCAUUAUAAUCACCAACAAAUGCCACAACACGCAGUUCAACAGGCUCAUCAAUUUUAUACUCAGCAAUUAAGAAAUCAGCAGCAUCAGUAUUCCCAAUUGGUUCAACAGAGGGCGAUGGAUAAUAGUUCACAAUAUAGACAAAAUCAACCUCAAUUAUAUGGAAAUACGUUCUCACGAAAUCCACCCAAUUCACCUCAACAGUUUCUUCCUACUAAUAAAGAUAGUGGAAUACAUCCUGAAUUAGAGAUUAUGAAUAAUGAACAGGGCGUUCCAAAAAGGCGAAGUGCACAACAAAUUGAGAGAGAUAACUUAAAGCAAAAAAGUUUGGAAGCUAGGCGAACUUUAUCACAUCCGCAUUUACUCCUUGAUUCAGAAGAAAAUCAGCUAGAAAACAAUUCGAUACAGCAACCAGUAAACGUUAGGAGAGGAUCUUUAGGCAAUAUUCUAGAAGCAAACAAGAUAUUACCUAAUCCAGGAUUAGGGUAUCCCGAUGGAAAGGAAAGUGACGAUGGUGGUUUUCUUUCGAAAAAAUCACACACAGGACCAUAUUUUAGUCAACAAAAGGUGCAACAGGAAGGUCAUUCGCAUGCAGUUGCAUCGAAGAUCGAAACUGCAAUAUCAGAACCAAAAAGGCGAACCGAAAAUGAAGGUGAGAGAGAAAGAGCAUCGUCCAAUAUUGAUUCGGGACGAGGAAGUGCGGCAUAUAGUAGUGGAAGAAGACCACCUCUGGAUGACAUUACUGAUGAUAAUGCACCAACCGUUUCUAGAGGGUAUGAAGAUUGCAAUGAACAAGAAAACGAUUCGGAGUGGGUUGACAUUGUCGAGAAGGAGCUCAGGCAUAUUUUAGAACCAAAAUUGUUAGAACUGUCACUUCAAGGGAACAGUCAUGGUAUAAAUAGGUCUAUUGUCAGUGGCGGAAGCAUAUCGUCUAUCACACCACCCCUUCCGCCUCUUUCAGGGGAUAACUUAUCACCUUCCUUAACACCAAAGAAUUCGGAUAGUAUCAAGGGACUGCCGCCAAGGCGAGGUGGAUACUAUGAUAAAGAAAGAAUGCAUUCUAAAGAUUUAUAUGACGACAGAAGGAAGAGCAGCAAAUAUAUGGGAAAAGUAGAUUAUAACACUGCCCUCAGAGGAAAACAAAUUUUUAGAUUAGAAAGCACCGAUAUAACAUCAACAACCACCAGAUCACUGGAUCUGGAGUCAAUUUUGGAUGGUCAAAGUGACUCAGACACUAAUUUAAGUGCAGCUGAUACCAAAGCAAUUAGGAGGCAACUGGAAGGGUUAGAAAAUAUGUAUUCCGAAGUACUGAAAUUCUUAGGGGUAAACAAAAGAGUUGGUAAUCGUUAUCAACCUUCAGAUCCUAGGUUUCAUAAAAAAAGACAUGGAAGUAUGUCCUCCUUACCAUCUUCAUCGGUAAGUUCGGUGAGACGAGAUAGGCGGUAUCCUAGAGGAGUUCCUGAAGAUCGACGAAGAGGUCGAGAAAUACCAAGAAAUACAAACCGUAGAUUUCAAAGACUGGAGGCUCAUGUAGUAACCCUAGCCAGAAGUGUUGCUCAUUUGUCUAGCGAAAUGAGAACUCAACAUCUGGUGGUACAGGAAAUAGAAUCUGUCAGGCAAGAAGUUGCUGCACUACGGGCACAAACUAAUAUGUUAAAUGUUAGGUCUCAAACCUUAAGAACAAUAACCAACGUGGAACUACCAACUUUAGCUAAUCCAACAAGAGUAAAAAAACUUACAAAGUUCUUUGGAGAUGAACCACCUCUCUUGAGACUAUUUUUAAGGAAGUUAGGAUACGAGAAAUAUGCGAAUAUUUUUGAAAAUGAAAAGAUUGGCAUGGUCGAGCUUCCCUACCUAAGUGAAGAAAGAUUACAAAAAAUGGGAAUCCCCCUAGGACCUAGACUUAGAAUAAUGCAAGAGGCCCAAAUUUCUGUGAACACUGAAAAUACUUUAUGUAUUAUAUAAUAGCAAUAGUUUUUGUAGCUAUAUAGUAAUAUAUUAUGAUUUUGUAGU